UUCAUUUCUAUUGGUCAAUGGGGGUUGUGGGAAAAUUGAAAUUAACGUUUGAAACAACUGACUCUGGAACCUUAUUUUGGUUGUGUUGAAAACUUCUGCAGCUGCUGUUUGUGGCCAGACUAUGGGAGAUCUUCCAGAUGUCCAGAUCACUCCUGAGACUCCAGGGAGGGCAGCUAUCCGUAACCCCUUCGAGAGCCCCAACGACUACCAUCGCCUGCAAGAAUCCGUGGUCCCCAGCCCCUCUGUCUUCAAGUCCUCCAAGACCUCAGGAACCACACCAGCCAAGUUUAAAUGGGACAUAGAUGAGAUGUCUAGCCUGCUCCCUGUGGACAUAGAUGCUGAGGAUAUCCACCGCCAGUCCUUGUACCUCAGUCAGACCAGGAUGGAUUCUGACAUUGAGGAGAAACGUCAGAAUGCCAUCGAGCAGUUUUUCACUAAAGGCGCCAUUGUGCCUUCACCAUGGACCGAACCAACAAGCAAACAGAAAUCAGCACAGAUGCACUUUGGGAAGAGUUCCAUGUCCCCACUGAUACUAGAAGAGCCUCUACCAACUAAUAAAACCACAGUAGGCUGCCAGACAGUCCUGUCCUUACCUGUGGACUUCCACCUGGACAAAAUAUUAGGAGAAUACUACAGAUUGAAGGAGGUGUCUCAGCAGGAUCAGGUUCAGGAGACCCUGAGCUCCUCGUCUCUGAGACGGAAGUUGUUUCUGGACGGCCAAGGGAGUGGCUCAGAGUCCUCCAACCCCCCCAGCCCAGAAGGAGGAGGAGGAGGGGGGGAGGGAGAGCCCCCUGGGGGAGGGGAUAGAGAUUUCCUCUCACCCAUGAGCGCCUCUCCUCUGUCCUGCCCGUUGUCUGGCAUGUCUGCCCUGACCCCCUCCACUGGUCUUUUCUCGUCCAGCCCUAUCCAGGGUCGUUACCGAACCUACAGCCUGGGAAGUGUCACCAGCCCCCUGUGCCCUGAGCGGUCUUCUCCUGCUGGCUUCCAGUCCCCUGCCCUGUCCCCCAUCGGGCCCCAGUUCACACAGACACCCGUAGCAGGAGAGAGGAGGAAGCUGAGCUUCGUGACCCCUGAAGGUGUUCCCCUAGACAUGGACAUAAACUCCUGUACAGAGAGCCCCUAUGUAGACGGCUGUUCCCCCAUCCGCUUCUGCUCCUCCCUCCAGCCCCCGGGCCGGACCCAGGUCAACCCUCAGCUCAGACCCGGAGCCCACUGCUGGGCCUCACCCCCAACCAUCUCCCCCAACCCUUCCCUCCAGCCCCCGGGCCGGACCCAGGUCAACCCUCAGCUCAGACCCGGAGCCCGCUGCUGGGCCUCACCCCCAACCAUCUCCCCCAACCCUUCCCUCCUGGACCAGGGCAAUAUGUGUCCUUCUACUUCACUACCACCCAUGGAGAUGGGCUCCUGUUCCCCCUCUCCGGUGCCGUGUUUACCCAGGACCAGUGGGGGUCUGCUGGGGAUGGAGAGGCUGUGUGAGGGGGGUUCGGGGAUGGACCAGCCUCUGUUGGACUCAGUGAAGAUGGAGGAGGAGGUGGAGGAGAACGGCGAGGUGGAAGUGGACCUCCCUGUAGAAGAGGAGGAGGAGGAGGAAGGAGGUGUGACUCCUGUUGGUGUCCGGUUGACCAGCUCCCGUGUGGGGGCGAGCGUGAUGGCAGCGGAGGCGUCUCAUAUGUUUGUGUCUCUGCUAGCUGAAGGAAGCAGCAUCCCUUAUGAUAACAGCAUGCAGGUGGACAGUGGGUACAACACAUACGCUGGCACCGCCAGCCUGAUAGAUGCCACGAGUUCAGACAGCCAGAGUAAGGAGUCGUUUGACGCAGCACACAACCCCGACGAGGUCUUCCCUCACAGCAGACACACUAAGACCAAGACUGUUUUUCCUCAACACCAUUGAGUGAGCUGAUUGGAGGAGAACACAAGGAAGACCCUCCCACCUUUAACCUCCCAGCUAAAGCCAAUGAUGAUGUUUUGCCAUGUUUUAAAGCAGCCGUGUCGGGGUGUAUUCAUUCGUCGGAUUCUGUUGGAAACCCUUUACUCUAGACAUGGAACCUACCUGAAUUUGUCCAAUAGAAACUAACUGUUGCCAAACGCUUUUGUUUAGAGUGAAUCGUGUACUGAAUAACACCCCGGCUAAGUGACAAUGUUUAGAUGCCGCCUUUCGCACAAAUGAACCUUGAAAUGAAUUCCUAUUGGCGCUAGCUAUCCCUGGAGUUGAAAUGGCAGCCUAUAUAGUGCACUACUUUGGAGCCCUGGUCAGUAGUGCACUAUAUUGGAAAACGUAGUGUUGACAUGAACAAGGGACAGAUGAAACUUGACUUUCAGUUAUGUAUUUAUACAUUUUAUAUUCUUGUUGAUUGUGAAUUUAGCAUUAUUUUUAAUCAGUUAAACAAUUACGGGAAUGUGAAUUGUUGAGGAUUUUUAUUGUACAUUUUGUUAUAAAUAUUUGUAUAACUGCAGAGCUCCCCUUUAAACAAAGCCACCCUCAGCUGAUUAAAUGACAAGUGUAACGUUCUGACUAGACCACUGAGACACAUUAAAUGUUGUACAACUGG